UGGGGCGCGGCACCCGCAGCUCCGGAGCGCUGCGGGGAGCGGGAGGCGAGCAGCGGCCGGCACUGGGAGCAGAGGAGCAGCCCUCCCGACCCCAAGCAUGGAAGCCCCGCGGCUCACCGAGAGCACCGUAACAGUGGAAGGCCAAACCCUCUUCUACCGCCAAGCUGAGCCAGCCCAGCAGGCUCCGAAGCUGCCGGUGCUGCUGCUGCACGGCAUCCGCUUCUCCUCCGACACCUGGCUUCAGCUGCGGACGCUUGCCACGCUGGCCGAGAACGGCUACCGAGCCGUGGCUAUCGACCUGCCGGGGCUGGGCCGCUCGAAGGAUGCUACAGCCCCAGCACCCGUGGGCCAGCCGGCGCCCGGGGCUUUCCUGAGAGCCGUUUCGGAGGCUCUGUGCCUUGGUCCAGCUGUGGUGAUCAGCCCAUCGCUCAGCGGCAUGUACUCCCUGCCCUUCCUCUUCCAGCACAACCACCUGCUCAAGGCAUACGUGCCUGUGGCACCCAUCUGCACCGAGAAAUUCACUGCGGAGCAAUACGCCCAAAUCAAAACCCCCACGCUGAUCGUUUAUGGGGACCAGGACGUGGAGCUGGGGCAGACCAGCCUGAACAACCUGCAGCACCUCCCUGAGCACCGGGUGCUGAUGCUGCAGGGCGCCGGGCACCCCUGCUACCUGGACAAGCCCGAUGAGUGGCACCGCGGGCUCCUGGCCUUCCUGCAGGAGCUGGAGUGAGCAGGAUGGGCUGUAUGGGGGGGCCCAUGGGGCAGGGGGGUGUGACCGGCCUUCCCACCCCUCCCCUUGCUCACACACCCGUGUGCCAACCCAGCUCUGCCGCACCAUGCUGGGUCCACACCGUGCCACCACCUCCCUUGGGACCAAAUAAAGCCCUGAGCUCUGCCACCA